CAGUUGAGCCAAGAAAAUGCCCUUGGUGUGGAACUUCUAUAGUUCUUAGCAAGCCUUGACACUUGACAGUUCUCAAAACAAAAAUGGUGGAAAACUAAUGAAACUAAAUUAUAAACCCUCUUUUUGGGUUUCUAAACUUUUCUCGAAUCUGAAAUCUCAAACACUAUAAUUUUGAAAAACAAAAUUGUUAGUAAAGCUUUUAACAGAAUGCCAGUGCUGGAAUUGUUUAGUGUUAUGGACAACGUCUACAAUGGAUUGCGACGAUGUUUUGGUUCAGAGAGUCCAAUUAAAGCCUCAAAGAAACCAUCUCAUAAGGGGACGAAGAAAAUGGUCAAACAACGUCGCAGGAUGGUGAAGAGCAAACGCAGCCCGCGACUUUCCCGUAGAAAUAAUACACCCACCAGUGCAGAAAGCGACCAGAGUGUGACUAGUUCAGAACUAAAUGAGUAUUUUACCACUGCGAAUGUAACGAUGAGCUUGACCUCUAAAUCAGCUAUAGCCCCAUCGAAAGAUCUUUUGAAUCGUCGGUUACUCCAGAACCGACCGCUGAUGCUAAAUGCUCGUCAGGUUUUUCAAGUUCAAUGGGCAAAUUGGUGGCAAAAGAGCUGGCCCACUCUUGUGGCAGCCAGUAUGCAGAUGAGCUGCGGCUCUUCGGUACUUUGCCAUUCCCUAUUGGGUUUAUACGAUGACCAAGAAUGGGAUCCACCAAUAGUCUUGCUUAUGUGUUAUUUCGGGCAGGCUUUUAAAAAGAUUUGCAAACAGGCUGAUUUAGCUAUUUGCAGUAAUGGUCAUGGACCCACUUACAUAACCACCUCGGCCGCCAUGGAGUUGAUAGACAUCCGCGACUUCUUUCAACAUAUCAACAAUGCCCUGGUAGAAUAUCUCCUCAGAGUCACUGAUGCAGAGCUAUCCAUUAAUGAGCUCAACAAAUAGAACUUAAAAUUAGCUUUAAAGGAAGUUAAUAAAUUUAUAUUUAUUAGGAAAUAAAAAUUUUUAUUGAAAAAAAA